AUGGCGUCGAAGUUGAAGUCGUUGCAAUCGAAAGCAUGUCAAGCAACCCAAUUUAUAUCCAGGCAUGGAAAUGUUUACUACAAGCAAUUGUUGGAGCAGAACAAAGAGUACAUUCAGGAGCCUGCUACAAUUGAGAAAUGCAACCUUUUGUCAAAGCAAUUAUUCUACACCCGCCUUGCUAGCAUUCCUGGACGUCGUGAGGCCUUCAAGAAGGAACUUGAUUAUGUCAAGCAAUUAUGGAGGAACAAACAAGACUUAAAGGUUGAAGAUGCAGGCAUUGCUGCUUUGUUUGGCUUGGAAAUCUAUGCAUGGUUUUGUGCUGGUGAGAUUGUUGGAAGGGGAUUCACUUUCACCGGUUACUAUGUCUGA